AUGGGCGCUUGGGGCUACGGACUCUUCCAAGGCGAUCAUGACCUGGAUGUCAUCGCGGAUCUCAACUACGAGAUCGGCUUGUCUGAACUGGAAGCGCAGGCCAAAGCCAAAGCCAGAGCUGCGCCAGGAACAGAGCCGUCAAAGACCAACGAUACCAAGCAGACCUCUGAAGACAAGGAAGAGGAGGAUGAGGACGAAUUCGACCGUAUGAUUCGCUACGACUUGUACGGCAACGCGUGCUCCGACCCCGACGCCGUCCGCGAGUAUCUCCACAACACCGACGCUCUGCCCAAGCUCAUCGCCGAGUACACCACCGCUUUCCGCAAUGCGAAGUCCGUGCAACACUGGUAUGGUCCGGAGUACAAACUCGUCAUCCUGGCAGCCUGCCUCAUGACCCUAGGCUGCAAGCUUCCAGCAGACCUCAAGAAGCUCGUCGGAAAGCUGUAUCCACACGUCGGUCUCAUGGCCGAGGGACAACAGCAGAUGGCCAAGGCUCUGACGCAAUACAAGGAAGGCGAUCUCUGGGACUUCGAGUCACUUGGAUUGAUUGACACUGCGAACGCUAGAGACUCUAGCAUGGGCGGAGGGAUGAACGUGAUGGGUGUUGGUACGCUCUUCGGUGCUCCGCCAAAGGCGAAGUCGUAUCCUGACGAGCUGUGCGGCACCUGUGGCUCUGGCGCUGAUGAGGGCCACGGCUUGCCCGUCUGUGCGAAGUGCAAGAAGCGCAAGUACUGUGACAAGGAUUGCCAGAGGAUUCACUGGGGUACUCACAGGAAGGAAUGCAAGAAGGCCGAGGCCUAA